AUGGCAACCCUGGGUUUCAAGAAGGCGUGUCUGUUAUUCUUGGCUGCCGUUCUGUGCUCCGCAGGAGUUGUGGAAGGGGACGUUCCGGCGACCAAAAGAGCCGUUGCAAGCAGGGAGGGUCCCCCUGCGAGGGGGGGGGAAAACUCAGGGAGCCCCCCCCCUCCCGCCACGAGCAAAAACCACCCCCCCAAAGAAACUUUCUCAACCAAAACCCCCCGUGAGAGUCAGAGCCGAUCUCACACAAGCCAUGGCGGGGGGACGCAAGCAACCCCUUCCAGCAGUCAUAAGCCUAACCCCCCUGCAUCCUCUCCCCCCUCGGAGAAAAUGCCACAUCCGGCCCCCCAGAAUGUGAAGUUCUCGAAACCCCCCCCGGCGCACGCUCCCUCUCCCCCCCCUCUAGAAAAGCAAAAGAAAGCCACCGCCAAACCACUUCAAGCCAAACCUCCACCAGCCCCUGCAAAAGCUAGGGGGGUCCCUCCGGAAGAUGCGCACCCGAGCCCCCCCCGCAAAAGCCCCGGCGUCGUCGCCCCCCGGAAGAUUAAACCAGGGGCGGGUGCGCCACCUCCGAGUGCGUCAACCGACCCCCCCGCCAUCAUUCUGCUCCCGAGCAUAAUCUUCCCGGGGCGGCAGCCGCCAGUCUCGAGUCCUGGGGGAUCCCCUUUGGCUGCGCCAGACUCGAAACCCGGGGGAUCCCCCGGGGCUGCGCCAGGUUCGGGUUCCGAGAAAUCCCCCCGGGCUACGCCAGACUCGGCUUCUGCGGUGCUCGCACCGAACACGGCCCCAGGGGGAUCCCCCCGAGAUGCUCUCUCCCCGACUCCAAGCCUGAAAGUCCGGGCGCCUGACUCAGCACCAGUUCCGAUCCCCAACCCAAGCUCAGCCCCCCCCGUUCAAUAUUCUUCGUUUGCCCCAACACCCCAGACCCCUUUCCCGACCGCCUCUCUGCUUCCCCCGGGUGCUUCGAACGCAACGGUGACGUCAGCAUCUCCGGCUCCGACGCCUCUGAUGACGUCAGCGACGCCCUCUCCGGGGCCCCUGAUGACGCCAGCGGUCGAAGCCACGCGGCCGGCGGCUGUGCCCAACGCUACGGCGCUGACGUCAGCCGCGCGCGGAGUCGCGGCGGCGCUGGUGCCUCGCGUGACGUCAGCAGUGGGGGCCGUGGAAGCGUCGUUGCAGACGGUAAUGGGUGGAGCGUCAAGGGACCUACCGAGAGCGGUUUUGGUGCUUGCCGUGGGCUUUAGCGCCGUUUCUUCGGUUCUUGUAUAA